ACACACACACACACACACACACACAGAGCUCAGUGUUUCAGACUCUCAGCAGCAGUUUGGGAGAGUUUGUUUCUUGUCGUCUCUGAUGUUCGACGGCGUUCAGGCUGACAAGAUCAUGGUGACCACUGAGACCCACCAGAGUCAGGACCUGAUGGUCCCCCCUGAGAUCCAGGACCUCCAGGAACAGCUCCAGAACCAGAACCAGAGCCAGGAGGGCCAGGAGGACCAGGCCUCCCCUCUGGAGAAAAUAGGGCAAGGCCCUGUGAACGCCAUCACGGUCCUCACACUACUCGACAAGCUGGUCAACAUGCUGGACGCCGUGCAGGAAAACCAGCACAAGAUGGAGGUGCAUCAGGUGGAGAUGGAGGGCGUGGUCAGAGGGAUCCAGGCUGAUAUGACCAAACUGUCCAAGAGUCACAGUCACACCUCCAACACCGUCAGCAAGCUGCUGGACAAGAGCCGCAAGCUGUCCGUCACCAUGAAGGAGGUGCGUGAUAAGAUGGAGCGUCAGGGCGUCCAGGUGAGGAAGCUGGAGGCGAAUCACGACCACCUGAUCCACAGGAACAACUUCAAAGUGCUGAUCUUCCAGGAGGAGAACGAGAUUCCAUCCAGCGUCUUCGUGAAGGAUCCUCCUCCGUACCCUCGUGACGAGAUUUUGGAGGAAGGCGAUGAGUCAGCGCCAGGUGUCAUUGACGGUAACCGGGCCCAGGAGGGCGGGCUCAGCACCAUUGACCUAUCAUCUGAUGAGGACGUUGGGCUGGAGGCGGAGCCAGAGGAGGAGGAGCCAUGGCCUCAAGAUUUGGAGAACAUGGAGAAGUCGAGAGCUGAGAAACUUAAACGCUCCAGUCUGAAGAAGGUGGACAGUCUGAAGAAGGCGUUCUCCAAACAGAACAUUGAGAAGAAAAUGACGAAGAUCGGAACAAAGAUUGUUUCUAUGGAACAACGAGAGAAGAUCAAACAGAAAACCUCCAGCCUGAAGGUCUCACCUCUGACCUUCAGCAUUAGGAAGCCUCGCAGCAGCUCUGACUCUCAGCCUCCAGAAGACUCGGCUCAGACCGGGGAGUCUCUGCCUGCUGAGGCCCAAAUUCAGCUCUCCCCGCUGGGCAGCACCGACCAGGAGGUCCCCUUCACUGAGGUCCACGCCCAGCUGGCCCCGGCCGAGCAGGAGGAGGACAAGGAGGUGAAAGAGGAGAGGGAGGUGAAAGAGGAGAUGAAGGAGGUGAAAGAGGAGGAGGAGGUGAAUGAGGAGGAGGUGAAGAGGGAGGAGGAGGUGAAGGAGGUGAAAGAGGAGGAGGAGGAGGAGUUGUCAGGUAUGGAGGCGAACCUGUCAGUGAUGUCAGAGGAGGUCAGCCAGGCGUACGCUCUGUCGUCCACUCUGCCUCAGGAGGAGAAGGAGGAGGAGGGUUAUUAAACCUAAUGUGAUCAGUCACAGUCCAGAUCUGAUUUAUCAUGUAAUCAAUACAUGUAUCUGUCACUGAUAAACACACAAACACACACACGCACACACCCACAGAAACACAUUUAACAUUCUUCAAUGAUUGUUCUCUCUAAACUCAGAGAUGCGUGUUUUUAUUCUCGUUGACUGAUGUAAACCUGAUAUCUGAUAAACAUGGUGCUAAACACAAAACGUUCCUCUAACGUUCCCCCAACUGUCUCCUCAAGUGCCCCUAAACUUCCUACUAAUGUUCCCCCAUGGUUCCCUUGAAGUUCCCCCUAGAUCCUCUAACAUUCCCCUGGGGUUGCCACAUGUUUCUCUAAUGUUCUUCAAGUUCCCUCUAACAUCCAACGGUUCCACUAAUGUUCCCCUGACUGACUCUUCAGGUUCCCCUGAGCGUUCCUCCAAGGCUCCUCAAAGGCUCCUAUAACAUUCCUCUAAGGUUAAACUAAGGUUCCUUUAAGGUUCUCCUGAGGUUCCCCAAAGUUCCCUCUAACAGUCCCCUGGGAUUUACCAAAGGUUUCUUUAAUGUUCCUCUCAGGUUCUCCUGGGGUUCCCCAGAGUUCCCUCUAACAGUCCCCUGGGAUUUACCAAAGGUUUCUCUAACAUUCCUCUAAGGUUCCCCUGAAGUUCUUGUGUUGCUGCUUUGCACUUUUAAAUAUCUGAAACACGUUCCUGAUGUUCUGAUGUUAUUUCUUUUGUCUGAUCGACAGAUUCAGUGUUUUGAUAGAAAUUGUAAGAACUGAUUGUUAUUAAUCAGCUGAUUGGGUGGUUUGGGUUCCCUCAGUGUGUGUGUGUGUGUUGAUGCUAACUGUAUCUUAUUUUAGCCUCACUAAAUGCUAACUAGCCUGUUGCUAAUGCUUGUUAACGAAACAGAAGUGUUAAUUAAGUCCUGAACUCAACAUUCAUAAUAAAGCAGUUUGAACUGACUGGAGAUAUAAUAACAUAUAUUAAAUAUUAGCAGAUUUAUAAUAUAUAUAUUAUAUAAUACAAUAUAUCUAUUAGCUGUAUAUCUGAUGUGUUUAAUAUGAACUGUUUAAACUGGUUUAUUAGUUUGUUGCUUUCAAGUUUAAACUCGCUGAUUUUCUUCUUUUUCUUUUAUUGUGAAACUGCUGCCAAAGAACAUUUCCUGCUUGACUCAUGUUACCUGUCGGACUGUCAGAGACUCACCUGAAGUCUACAAAGAAAAAUAAAAUCACCACGUCUGUAACUA